AUGGCCUCCGAUCCCGGCCGUCCAAACUCCACCGUUCCGCUCCCGCCAAAAAGUUUCGAGCUUGAUCGAUUCGCUGAGGUUGCCAACAAGGUAGCCGAUGCCUCUGGUGAAGUCAUUAGGAAAUUCUUCCGUCAGAAAUUUGACAUUCUCGAUAAAAAAGAUUCCAGCCCUGUGACAAUUGCAGAUCAAACAGCGGAGGAAACUAUGGUUUCGAUUUUAUUAGAGAAUUUUCCUUCUCAUGCUGUUUAUGGAGAGGAGAAUGGGUGGAGGUGCAAAGAGAAGGCUGCAGACUAUGUAUGGGUUUUAGAUCCAAUAGAUGGAACAAAAAGCUUUAUCACUGGAAAACCUGUGUUUGGUACUCUCAUUGCUCUGCUACAGCGGGGUAAACCAAUUCUUGGCAUAAUUGAUCAGCCUAUUUUAAGAGAAAGAUGGGUUGGGAUGAGUGGAAGGAAAACUACAUUGAAUGGGCAAGUAGUGUCUACACGCAAUUGUGCAAAUCUGGCACAGGCUUAUUUGUACACUACAAGCCCACAUCUAUUCAGCGCAGAGGCAGAAGAGGCAUUUAUUCGUGUUAGAAAUAAGGUUAAAGUACCACUGUACGGCUGUGACUGCUAUGCCUAUGCCCUUCUGGCUUCUGGUUAUGUGGAUCUUGUUGUUGAGUCUGGUCUCAAGCCAUACGAUUUUCUUUCACUGAUACCUGUGAUUGAAGGUGCUGGAGGUGUUAUAACUGAUUGGAAGGGACAUCAGCUUUAUUGGGAAGCUUCUCCAAAUUCACAUGUGAAAAGUUUUAAUGUAGUGGCAGCUGGAGAUAAACAAUUCACCAACAAGCUCUAG